AUGGAAGCGUACGCGGCGAUGGCGUCGCGGCCCACCAAAGCCAUGACCGUGGACAAGCUCAGCUACGAGAUCUUCUCCCUGCUCGAGAGCAAGUUCCUCUUCGGCCCCGCCAAUGGGUGCCUGUUCUCCGGCCCCGGGACUCCGGCGCGGGCGUUCCUCGACGGCGGGCGCGUGCGGGUGCUGGCCAUCGACGGCUGCGGCGCGGGCGCCGAGGACGCGCUCCUGGCCGCCGCCGCGCUCGCGAGGCUCGAGGCCGGGCUGCGGGAGCAAGCCGGGGACCCCGACGCGCGCGUUGCCGACUUCUUCGACUUGGCCGCGGGCGCCGGCGCUGGGGGCGUGCUGGCCGCGAUGCUGUUCCUGAGGGGCCCCGACGGGCGGCCGCGGUACUCGGCCCAGGAGGCGCUCGCGUUCGUCGCCGGCAGCGUCGGGGGGAAGGGCUGGGGCAGCCGGCGCGGGCGGUGGGCGAAGCUGUUCCGCGGCUCCCGCAGCGGCGAGCGGACGCUCCGGCGCGUGUUCGGCGACGCGACGCUCAGGGACACCGUGGCGCCGCUGCUCGUGCCGUGCUACGACCUCGCCACGGCCGCGCCCUUCGUGUUCUCGCGCGCCGACGCCGUCGAGAGCGACACCUUCGACUUCCGCCUCCGCGACGUCUGCGCCGCCACGUGCGCCGCGGGCGGCGAGCCCGUCGCCGUGAGGUCCGUAGACGGCCGCACGGCCAUCGCCGCGGCGUUCGCGGGAGUGGCGGCCAUGAGCAACCCGGCGGCGUCGGCCAUCACGCACGUGCUCCACAACAAGCAGGAGUUUCCCCUGGCCACCGGCGCCGAGGACCUCCUUGUCCUCUCCAUCGGCUCCGGCACCUCUGCCACCGCCUCCGACGGGGCGAGAACGCCGAUGCCGACACGCUCGCCGUCGCCGCGGGAGGUGGCCUGCGUCACCGCCGAGGGCGUUGCCGACAUGGUGGACGAAUCAGUGGCCAUGGCGUUCGGGCACGCGUGCGGAAGCAACUACGUGCGCAUCCAGGCCGGUAAGGCGCCGACACCCCUCCACGUGGACACGGUCGCCGCAGCCGCGGGAGCGAUGCUGGCGCAGCGGAACGUGGAGUCGGUCCUUUUCCGCGGGCGGAGGCUGUCGGAGCGGACGAACGCCGAGAAGGUGGACGCGCUGGCGACGGAGCCGGUGAAGGAGCAGGAGCGGCGGAGGUGCAGCCCGCUCCCGAACGUUGCCAUCAAGGAGGUUGCCGCGGCGCGGCUGUCGUCGGCGACCACCGCAUCGUCGGGCACCGCGACGGCAAGGACCGCGUCGACGAUGCCGUCGCCGGCAUCGUGGGAUUCUCGCCGGUAG